GUUCAGAUUAGAAGCAGAGAAGAACACAACUGGGAAUAACAGGUCUCAUAUACCCACAUAUAUUUAACCAUGGAGCCUAAAAUCAUUCAGAUGGCAGCCCUGGGAAGGGCCCUGUAUCCUGGCAUGUUGUACGACUGCCGCAGUGACUCUUUUAUUCCAGGUGUUACUUUAUGGGACAAGAAAGCAUUGCGUAAUGAUAUUGAUGUUCAUGACCAGACUAGAACAUUUGUCAAGCUUGCUGCCUCUGACAGCCUCAGUUCAAAGGCCAACCUCCUAGAUGUGAGCGCUUCCCUAAAAGCUAGUUUCUUUUGUGGAUUGGUGGAGGUUGGAGGAUCUGCCAAGUACCUACAGGAUUCCAAAUCCUCAGCACGUCAGUCCAGAGUUACUAUGCAGUACAGCCAGACAACAAAAUUUGAACAGCUCACUAUGAAGGAGCUCGGUAAUAUCACCUACCCACAAGUAUUUGACCAGAAAUCAGCCACUCAUGUAGUAACAGCUGUACUGUAUGGAGCUACUGCUUUCAUGGUGUUUGAUUAUACAAGUUCAGAAAGUGAGAACAAGCAGGAAAUUGAAGGAAACCUUCAAGCUGUGGUCAAGAAGAUCCCUACUAUUUCAAUUGAGGGGCAAGCAUCCCUAACUAUGAAUCAACAAGAGAAGAAAUUAUCUGAGAAUUUGAAUGUAACCUUUUAUGGUGACUAUGAGCUCGAUGAAAACCCCACCACAUAUGCUGAGGCUCUCAAGGCUUGCAGUACGUUGCCCAGUCUGCUGAGGAAAAAAAGCAGUAAAGGUGUUCCAUUGACUGUGUGGCUGUAUCCUCUCACACUUUUGGAUGCUAGAGCUGCUAAGCUGCUAAGAGAAAUAGGUUUGAGCCUGGUGGCUAAAACAGAAAAAUUGUUGGAGGAGCUUGAUGAAGUACAGAGAAGAUGCAAUGAUAUGAUCAAAAUGCCAGUUACAAAUGAUUUCCCUGAAAUAAAGGAAAGAUUGAAAAGCUUUCAGGAACUACUCGGUUAUUAUAAAGUAGCAUUCCAGAAGGCACUGGUCAGUGUUUUGCCAAAUAUUCGGAGUGGGGCCGUGGAUGACAGUGCACUGGGUCUUAUCCUGGAGAACCAUUACAAGUCACCAUUUACAGCUGCCAACAUGAACAAGUGGUUAGAUGACAGCUUAGGUGAAUUAAAUAUACUGACGUCCUAUACCAGUGGGCUGAAAGACAUGCCAGUUGUAACAUCCUCAGGGUCAUUUAAUUCCAUCCUCUUUGAUGCUGAUGUUGAUGUGUUGGUUUCGUUUACAUUUACAUCUUUAAUGAAUGAAGACUCCUUCAUAACUGCUAUCGAAGACUUUGUGAACUCUGAAGGGUUUAGUAACUUGGACCAAAACAGUGCAAAUGCUUUCACAUUCCAAGCAAUAAAGCCUUGGUUCAUGUCUUCUGAUAUUUCAGCAAAAAUGAGGCAGAAUCUUUCUCUCUUUACAAGUUUUUACAAGGCCAAUAAAAAUGUGAAGAAAGUCAAAUUCAUUGUUGCCUCCAUAUCUGACCCCAGCAAUCCAGGAUCCUCUAUCCGACUUUAUCAGAACGGCACUUUGACUAAUGCUAACUUCCAGCCUGUAUCCAAGCCUGCUGCACCUGUGGUGGACACUAGUGAUGGGAAAGUCACCCUGAACCUUUCAAAAUCCACAACCGGAGAUACUCUACAGUUCAAAAUUGAGUACAGAAAUACCCAGCCAACCGAUUCUGCAAGUGAUGCUACCGCAUGGAAAGUAAUCACAACUCCAGAUGCAAAGACCACCUUUAACUUGACUGGAAUAAAGCAAGACGAGCAACAAUGGGUCCGAUACUCAGCUAUUGGUAAAGUGGGAGUGAGUGAAGCCAGCGAUUAUGUCCCCUUCGUAAUAGCAGGGAAGAUCGAUUACGCAAUAAGUCAAUGGAGCACCUCCAUGCCAGUCCUCAUUGAUAAAAUAAGGAACAAAAUUAUGACCAAUACAGGCAUGUCACGCUGGUCAAACUCUAUUAUCAAAUCAGAAAUUCAAAAUGCUGUCAACAGUCCUACUAUUGCUUACACUGGACCAAUUACUGGAGGUCUGAAAACCGGAAUGGCCAUGUAUUUCCAAGGCAGUGCUCUUGCAACAGGAAAAUCCUUUGAAAUAGAUUUUAUAGCCGGGGCAAAGGAAACUGGCGAUGUUACUCUUUACAUGGGUUUUAAUAUUGAUGAUUCACUGUCCUUCAACACCCGAAGGGGUCAGACUUGGGAGAGCCAAGAACGCAUAACAUCGUAUACUGUUGCCAAAGGAUCAGCCUUUGACGUAUUUUUUGUGGUCAAACAAGAAGGCUGGGAGGUAUGCAGAUUAAAAUCAUAA